AUGGUAUGCAGCUCUCAAAUUCUGCCACAUCUUGAGGUCUCUGGAGGUAGAGACACUUUUUCGGACUCCUUAGAAUCUGCAGCCGCCUUUCGUAGUCGUCUUCUUAAGCCUCUGACAGCUGCUUUAGAUAUGCUUCGAAUUGGCCUUUCUGGUGGACUAGUUAACUUUGGUGUCUUCAGCCUUUUUGGUGAUACUUCUUUGGAGAAGUCUGUCGAGAUGGGUGUCCGGUUAAUAAUGGGAAUCCAGUAUCCCGAUCUUGUGGUAAUUUGA